AUCCAAAAUGGCGUGUAAAAUCUAUUCUUCAUAGCAUGAAUGAGCUCGUUUUCAGUGCCUGAAAUGCCUGUUCGUUAAAAAUAUCAAGAGAUAUACCCAAUCAAAUGAAUUUUUGGACAAUUAAUAGAUCUCGAAACAGAUAAACCAUGCAAAGGAGACCUCGAAAUCCAGGAUUUGGGCGAGGUGUUGCUCAAGAAAAAGAAGGCGGUGUUUCAGAUGCCCUGUUGCGCCAGGCUCGAAAGUCAGGCCAGCUGAAUCUUUCCAACCGCGGUCUUACAGAAGUGCCAGACAAGGUAUGGAGAGUCAACUUGGAUGUUCCGCCUGAAGCAAGGAACGUUUCACUUGAUUGUGCUGACGGUGAUAAAUGGUGGGAGAUAGUGGAUCUCACCAAACUAAUACUGGCUUCAAACAAGUUGACGGAGAUUUCAUCAGAGAUUGUACAGUUUUCUGCUCUGACAGUCUUGGAUGUAAGUAGAUACAAUACGUGUCCCUCUUUUCCAUGCAUAAAGCACCAGCACAGAUUUUAAGUCUGACAAAAUCGAGCGUAGAAGUUGGAAGUCGAACCAUGUUUAGAUCCCUCAUAAUAAUAACCUGUGUACAGUAACCCCUCCCCCUUCCUCUAUUUCGAGAUAAAUUAUACAAGAGACACCAGUGCAGAGGAAGGAUGAGAACUGCGGUGUGUUGGAGCAAUGCAAACGAAACAACAAGUUUCAUUAUGAAAAUGAAUAAACAAAAACAAGACUUUUCUCGACAUGCAAACCCUCGACUUCGCCUCAGGUUUGCAUGUAACUGUCUUGAAUUCUCCCAACCCCUCUCGUGUUGAUAUCAGGUUAUGCAAACACUGAAAACAUUUUCUAUUGCUCAAAUGUAAAUUAUAUAAAAAAAGCUAUUCAAGUCAAACAAUUAUUGUUUGAUUUGAAUUGUUUUUUCUCGGUGAGCAAGGGCCCACCUUUUCCAAAAUUUUAUUACUUGUAACUUUUCCUUUACUAGGUCCAUGACAACAGUUUGACCAUGUUACCUGGUGAGAUUGGGCAGCUUGUGAAUCUUAAAAGACUGAAUUUGAGGUAUGUGUUCUACUUCCAUGUACAGUUUCAUUGAUGUUGUAGCAGUAAAUAAAAUUAAUUAGCCCACUUAUUAAUGAAUCAGUACUCCACGAUCAGGCGCGUAGCUGGGGUUUGAGAAGGGGUGUUUGUACUGAUACGAAUAUUUCUUAACAGCGGGAAAUACUGUGAGCACCAAAGGUGCGAGCCUCUAGGGGUUUCUUGGAGCAACUUGCUCCCCCAGAAAAUGUUGAAAUCUAGAAACCUGGAAAUGCUAUUUUCAGUAGUCUUCUCGUGAAUAUUUCAAACUCGAUCAAGUGUAAAAUAACAGGUAUUUUUAGUCUUAACAACAAUAUUUCCGUUUGACUUGGAACAUUCAUACAUAGUGAUACAUACCGGCUAAGGACACGAAACAAAACUCGACGUGUGCUGCAAGGUAUCUUGGAGCAAAAGCUUAAGCCCCCCAGUUCCCCGGCUCCCGCUGUCUUUGUACUGAAAGCAGCAUGAAACGUCAAUAUGUAUUAAACAAGUAUCACCUAGGUCCCCCAAAAUUGUAUUCCCCACCUUUCGUCUUUUGAGACUCCAUUUGUCAAACCCGGAACGCAUGUUAAGGAAAUAUCUUCAAUGGUGGGAUUAUUUUGACUACAUAUAAUACAAGGUCACCAGGAUAUACUGGGGCCACAACAUGGGCUACUUGAUUAUCAACUCACUACAGGACUAUCAGGACUAUCCUCCAUCAAUGACCUGCAAAGGGGGUUUGUUCAAACUCCUCAAACCCCCCCCCCCCCCUCCUAUGUGCAUGACGAUUCACCAUAGUACUCUUACUCCUCGCUAAUGAAAAUAAUUUUCAAAUGCCAACAUUUUGAGACAAGCCUUAUUCAAAACUUGGCAAGUGUGCAGUUGAAUCAUUCUCCAAACCUACUUAACUACACUUAAAUAGAUAGUAACAGCAGGGUUCAUCCUAGAGUGUGGCAAUUGUGGGAUUUUUUUUCUCAUUUGAAUAAUAAUGCUGACAAAAAUUUUUCUGCCAUGUGCGACAUUUGUAUUUUAAAACCAGUCAAACCGCUCUUCUGGAGUACAAAAUACAGUGAGGUAUUUGUACUUGUUUUCGGUGUUAUUUGUAUUCUACUGAGUAUAGUUGAAUAAUAAAAUUAAUAACUUAUAGAUCAAGUACGAAACCCAAAAAGGUCGGCUAAAUCAAAGCCAUUACAAAGUCGUUUGAGAGUUAAAAUACCAGGGCAAGCAAGGGGGGGGGGGAAUGUGUGGAGGGCAAGGAGUGUCGAAUCAUAAUGUCAGUUCCCUUAUUCUCCAUCCUCUCAACCCUAAUUCUUUGGUAAGUCAUAAUUCUGCAAUAGUAGGUACAGAUAUACUUAUAUAUAUAUAUUUUUGAUGGUUUUUGCCUCUUUUUUCAGCCAUAAUAAGCUAUCCUCUCUUCCAAGUUCACUGGGAUGCCUUGGCAGUCUGUCAUCCUUAAAAAUGGAUCAUAACAAUCUUACAAGCCUGGAAAUUGAGUUGGGAAAGAUGGUUCAGUUAGAAGAAAUGGUGGGUUAUCAUUCUUCUUCAGUAUCAAAGUUGGUAUUCUCUUACUGAAUUAAUGACUACAUUGUUAUAGGAAAUUAAUGCUUCAUGAAAUUAAGGUAUUGGAAAUUAAGUUGACGUAAAUUAACACAAAGUUAAUUUAAAAGGACUUUUGAAUGAAGGAAAUUAACCCGAAAGAGAGGGUAACAUUUCAAAAAGAAGGAAAUUAAUGCGCGUUCAAAAAGAAACAAAAGUUGUUGACACAAAAGGAAAAUAGUUAAAUGUAUUGCAUUGUAGUUCAAUGUACUUUCCCUAAAUGUACAAAGAAAUCUGCAAGGGAAGAGAUCUGACACUGGCAGAUGUACACCAUCAUUAGAUAGUCCUCUUUCUAGGUUGUCAAGAAUGUCAAAAGUGUAUCGAGAAUUUGGGGCCAAAAUACAUGUAGUGGAAACUAAGGUUGUGGAAAUUAACGCUCCACUUAAUUUAUGCCACAGUAAUUAACGUUCUUUACAGAAAUUAACGUUUCAUGACUUAAAUUAGCGUUAAUUACCUAUGAUAAGGUAGCCCAUUUAAUAUGGUACUUCACAUCCCACAUCAAACUGGAUGUGAAUUACACUUUAUCUCACACUUGCUCUAGCUAUUGUAGUAAAUGGACUGGUGCUUUUCCUAAAUAUGCACAGCUGUAAUUUUAAAUUUCACUCUAACAAUUGGCUAAAAGAUAAAACUUGGUUCAGUCUCCAGCCCACUAGUGCCUCUGUGGUUCUCUCCCUACCAUAUGAAUGAGUGCAGAGAUUGUUGGGUUGGACCAUUAUUUCAACUGAACAGUCAGACUGAGCCUGUCAUGAUACAUGUAUGCAGAGCAAAUUCUUAUGGAAAAUUAGGUCACCAAAAUAUCAUGUUACAAAUUGAAAUUUUCAUUUUCUGACAUACUUAUUGUAAUGAUCUUGAUGCCAUGGGUUGCAGAGUAACUUUCAUUAAUUUAAUUUUAUUAUUGAUUUUUAUUUUAUAUCAACUAAAUAAAAAUUUUGAUUGAUAACUUGAGUAUAGUUUGUUGUUUUAGAGAGUAAGAAGGUUCUUUUCUAAUGUGAUGAGAAGUAAGAGGAUUACGUCCCAAAACGUGAACUGGCAAAGGCUGUACAUUCUCGCAGCAAUCAAGUAUCAAGAGUAACCUGCGAAAACAUCCAUUUCUCCUUGCUCUUCGCUGCUGGGGACGUUUUGCGCGGAGGAACGUCUGUGACUCAACGACAGAAAUUCCAUACUGAUGAUGUAAAAUCUGUCCGAAAUCCGGUCAGAAGCGCUUAUUGGUCGACGGAGUAGUUACAUUGUUUCAGCUAUUGUUUACGACAGUCUUGACAGACAAAAGACAAAAGGUCACAGAGGUCAAAUGUUAAUGUGAAGAAUCUGUAACAAAAACAGUCAAUAUUUGUAGAAUAUAGUCUUCUCUAGAAGAAGUAUUUGAAUUUUGCUGGAGCUCUUUGGCAGAUGAACACAACACUUUACCAAAAUUUACCAGAAGACACACAAAAUUGUUAUAUAAAGUUAUAUUUGGAACCCCAUGACUACCGGAUUUUUUAUGUAAACAUUGAUUUGCGUCAUCAGUAUGGAAUUUCUGUCACUGAGUUGCAGACAUUCCUCCACGCAAAAUGUCCCCAGCUAUGAAGAGCGAGGAGAAACGGAUGUUUUCGCGGACUACUAUCAAGAGUAGAAAGCCUUAUUACUCAAAGGGUUAUAACAAAGGCUGUUCCAGUUUGAGGAGUCAAGCCUCAAUUCAGGAAUCAAGUCUCGAUUCUCCACUUGAUUCUCAAUCUUGAUUCUCGAGAGGAUUGGGAAUCGAGUGUCAAUUUACUUUUGAAUGGUACUGUGUGCAUUAUUAUAAUUUUAGAGUAUAAAAUAUCGCACAUUGAAUACAGAGACGCUAUUUUGACGUUACUUCUGAACUUUAGGAUUUAUCUCACAAUUCUCUGAGAAGUCUGCCACUAUCCCUUGGUAACUGUCACAGUCUUCGACAUUUGAACUUGUCUCAGAAUAGCUUGGAGUGCCUUCCUCCUGAGAUAGGUCAUCUGCGUGGUGAGUAAAGUGACAUACAGCUGUAAAUCUUAAAGUACAAUGUUUUGAUUCAAUGGUAUUCUAUACAUGUAUGUGAGUUUGUGAAGAGAUUUUUGGGAAUAAUAUACGUAAGCAAUUACAGACUAUGAGCGGUCUCUCUUUUUUCUUAGUCUGUCAAGCGAAAUGUGCGAGACAUGUAAAUGAUCACGCGCAUGACUGAACGCUUGAGACCAGAGACCUCUCAACGCCUGCAUGCACAUGCACUCCCCUCACUAAAUCUGAAGUAAAAGAGAGACUACUUGCAGUCUAAAGGAAUUUUUUUAUUCCAGAACAUACUUAUUAUUGUAAACAAUAUAAUAUUACUGAAUAACUGCAACUUUAGAGAUUAGACCAAAUUUAAAAUGUCAGUUAGCCUGAAGGAAAAGGUUUUGAUUGUUAGGUAAAAAAAAAAGUGGUGGUGGAGAAUUAUACAAACUGUUUGCAAUAAUUUUAUGACGAAAGAUAAUGUUUAUGUUUUCUGUCAAAUUACAAAAAUUCCAAUAAGUAAUGUUUGUGUACAGUGUAUUCGAGGAACUAACUGAACAAUCAAUAAUAAUAAUAAUGAUAAUAACAGUAAUAAUUGGAGCUUGCAAUCCUAAUCUCUAGGUUGUUAUUUGCCAUGCAUCGCGUGUAUGUAGCCAGCAUUCCUUUUGGACUUCCACUAAGAAUGAAUAGAAUGUACAGAAUGCAGUUUGAUCAUGUGCGUUUAGACCCUUUAUCACUCUUAUUCUCAUCAUGGGUGUUUUGACCAUCUGUCACAUGAAACUUGCGCAAAGCUCGGCGAUGGCAAGCAUUUUGACUUUCGAUUGUUGUCGCCUGCACUCCAGUAACCUUUAGUUAUUACUAGUAAUAAUGGUUUUAAUCCAGUGGAACCCAUAUUGGUAUUUUAUAUUCAUUAAAUACACCCGCUUUUAUCAAAGUUACAUGUAUGACCUGAACCAAGGUGUAGGUAGUCAUUGAGUCAUUUGUACACCUCAACUCAGGGCUGUGCUCUAGCAGAGCCCAGUGGCCCCUGGCGCCUAAUUUUUGCCCUCGGGCGACUAGAAAGUCUCAGAUUUUUCAUAUAAAUCAUAUGCUGGGCACCCUAGAUUUUACAGUUUCAGAGCAGUGGGCUUCCUUCAAUUUUCCUUAGAGCAUAGCCUUGCAACUGAGUUGCAGGUUCAGUUCGCUGGAUGAGUUUUAAAACAGUACAGUUAACUUUGAUCCAAACUCUUGCUUAGCUAGUGAUAAAUUAGUGUGGCCUCACAAUGGCUUGCCAAUGCCCAUAUAAAUGUCCCACUCAUGCCUUGUUUUCUUGUAUUAAUGUACAAGUACCAGGGGCAUAGCCAGCUUUUCGACUAGUUGUAGGCCUGGCUGACUUUCAUUUCCACGUAUCCUGGAAAUUGCACUCAUGGCUGCUACGCACUGUCCUCACUAACACUUUGAGCUCUUAAGCUCAUUUAGCUCACCCCAACAAUGCAUAAUUUAUUACAAGUGGUAGAGUGAUCAACUAAAAAAUUUGUAGGCCUGGGCCUACAGGUCACGGACUGACUACGCCCCUGAAUACUGUUCCUCUUUUAAAAUUGCAGCAUUAAGAGAUUUGAAUCUGAGCAAUAACAAGCUUUCUGAACUUCCUAAAGGUAAGUUGCAGAGAGCCACAUUAGUUUAGCAAUGUUUCACAGCAUCAUCUUAUUGGUUAAGCUAAAGAACUUAUUAAGGUUAAAGUGAGAUUAGGCUUAUUUGACCAAAUCAAAGUUUCAUUUACUGUCAAAACUACAAGUUUCCCUGAUUGGAAUGCUAUCUAAUUGUUUCGAAGUACAAAUGCGUGAAAAUUAAAUAGACCCUUCUAUUCCCACAGUUUUUUGUUUUCAAUUUUCGAUAAGGCCAAAGGCUUCGUCAACAGGAGGUUUGGGUACAAGAUGAGUCUGUAGCAAGUGAAGAAUGAUAUAGCUCCAGAAAGACACGACAUUUUACAGAUGUUUUUUUGGUGGGGGCACAAACUUGCAGAGCUACAUUUACCUGUAUAUCUUCACUAGUUUUUAAUACCAUACUUCACUCUAAAUCCGGGAACUUAACUGAGAUUAGGGCGUUUUUCCAGCAGUGUUGACAGAUUUUCCCAGACUGGUCCAUGUCAACCUGUUGAAAAAACUAUGCUAGGGUCUACUUAAUUACUUUUUCUGAGAAAGAUUUGUCAUGCAAACAAUUAGUUUGCGCCAAAUGGUACUCAUAUUAGCUUAUCCAAAAGAAUUAAUAAUAGUUAGUUCCACAAUAAAAUAAUUGCUCCUUCUGGAGAGUAAAACAUGUCUUCUUUUUGGCAGACCUUGGAAACUUAAGCAAUCUUGAAAGGCUGGAUUGCCGUCAUAAUCAGCUUACCAGCGUACCUCUCCUGUCUUCCUGUCAAUCACUGAAGGUGCGUGUAAUCCUUACAGCUCUACCCUUCCCAUGGUUCGCACAGGCCUUGAAAAGUCCUUGAAAAUUGAAAAAUUGUGGGAUAUCCUUGAAACGUCCUUGAAUUUUCCACAGAAGUCCUUAAAUAUUUUUUAAAGCUCCUUGAAUAAAAAUAACCUUAAUAGUUAAGAAAAAAAGUUUUACGCAAGGGAAUGAUUGAAAGCGCAGCAAUACACAAAUUUUCUUGUUGCUCAUGAAAGUGUUUUCUUAUGAUUUCGGUGUUCCCGACGUAGUUCAUUUUCCGUUAUUUGAAGUAACCUAGGAACUGUGCCUUAAUGAAGGAAGGUAUUGCAAUAAGCAAACCCUCCUCUACCCACGCAUUUUAAAGGUCUCUACUUCAUGUUAUUGGGGAAAAGAAGUCCUUGAAAAAAUGAUUUAGUCCUUGAAAAGUCCUUGGAAAGUCGUUGAUUUUUUCCCCAAAGAAUUCUGUAUGAAACAUGCUUCCACACCUAAGAAUACAGCCAUUCAAAGUUUUAACGAACGUUCUCUUUAGCAUGCGUAGCAGACGACUUUUUUUGGUGUGGUAUUCGUUUGUGGUUCGUAAAGUAAGAGACAAAGCUGCGCGAAAGCUAAACAGAAGUCAAGCGAGAAAACGUAUGUAAAACGCACCAAAAAAACGUUUCUAUUUACGCAGGCUAUUUCUAUGUGGAAAAUAAUGAAAAAGAAAUGGUACCACUCAAAUGCAAAAACUCUGCCAAAGAUAUUUUAUUUGAAAUGUCACAUAUGGGGGGUUUUAUCCAAAGACAAAAACUGAACUCCUUGUCGCCAUAAUAUUUUAUUGGCAGGAACUUUACCUCGGCAACAAUAAGAUAACAAACCUGAAUAGGGAAAGUUUUGCUUCUAUGACGUCUCUCUCGAUAUUUGGUAUAAGAGACAACAAGAUUAACAGGUAGGGAAAUUUAAGUAGAAAUUAUGUACCACUUAUUGUUUAAGGUUUUGUCCUUUGGUGUGACCCAGAUGAGUAGGCACGUUUCUUGAGAGUCCCGGUAACUUUUCGGGUCCGACGCCGAGUAUUAAAAUCAAGAUAUAAAGAAUAAUAGCGCGGGCCCUAGCUAACAAGCCAGUCCUCUUUGUUUUGGUAACCGAUCGCGUUAUCAUGCUAUCUACAUAACUAAUGAAACCUCGAUCUUAAAUUACAGAGAGAGAUACAGGGACUCUCAAGAAAUCUGCCCUCUCAUCCGGGUCAUCCCAAAGGACAACACUCUUAGACAAUAAUACCAUCAACUGACGUGAUACAACUCACUUCUGAAGAUGACUACCGGACAGGCUGUCGAAACGUCAAUCACUGUCAACAACAAAAGUCCUAUUCAGGACUUUUUUCACCCGGACGAUCAAACUCAACCUACUUUUGAAAUGACUCCUGGGUUCAAACCUUUCACAGAAUACAAAACAGUUGCCAGGCCCGGUAUUUACCGGAAUUUCUGAGAAAAAGCCCUUGCAGGAUCAGGGAUCCGGCGGGGAUAACUCGGAUGACUAGCGGUGCAUCAAAGGAAGCAAUGAAUCUUUGCCCCGAGUGGAUUCAUCGGUUCCACCAGUUGAUACAUCAUGAUCUGAGUGAUCUCGGAUCACUGAUCCUGAUUCGGAUCCUCCCGAAGAAAAACUCUCUGAAAACUUUCUUCUUAUAUAUGUACAGCUUCUGUAACUAAGGCCAAUGUCCACAGUGAGCGGGAUUGAAAACGCAACUUGAUUCUACACUCAUCUCUUUAAGCUAUCCACCUCAAACGGAUCUUUGUCCAAACGUUCUUCAAAGAAUAAAUUUGGUCAAAUUGCCGGCAUUGCGUUUUAGGGUGGACGGAAAACAUUUUGAAAAAGGAAUUUUUCAAAAAGGCUGACGCCAAUAUAAGGAACAGUGUGUAUUCAGUUAGGGGACAGAAAUGAGCUCUUGCUUCGUCCUGUGAUUUCCUACUUCCAUGCAAUACGUUUUUCUUCAAUUUUCCAGCAUUCCAGAUGAGACAACAUUGUUAAAAAAGCGUGAAAUACUUGAUUAUAAGUUUUUCUUCAUUUUUUAGCAUUCCAGAUGAGAUAACAGUGUUAAGAAAGCUUGAAAGACUUGAUUUGGCAAACAAUGAUAUAUCUGGGUGAGUAUGGUUGACUUAGUGAAAUCAGAUUCGGGCACAGAAUUUGCAAGUAAUGGAGUAUGUAUUAACACCCUAUAAAAAGUCCAAGUUGAAAUAUCUUAAUUGCUUUCCACUUCUUUAUGAAGCACCGUCUCCCCGUUCCUUUUAUUUCUCUGAGAGAUACGUUCAGUUUGAUAAUAGAAUUUGGCGUUUAGAACUACUAGUCUUUACAUUCUGUGAUGCAGAUGGGGCGAUGGGGAAGACCGUGUGGCAAACAUAACGAAUCGUUUUAAACAACAUUUAUCUUUUCAUCAUAAGAGAGCUUUAGAUUCUGAGACGAGUACGACUACGACUACGCGAUUUCUCAAUACUAAGUAGUGCUCGCGCGUGUACCAGCGUCAUUUUGGCGGGAAAAGGUGGUAGCCGUCGUCAUUCUACUACGAGUUUUAGCGUGAGAUGUCGCCGGAAGUGGCGAAAACAAGAUAUCAAAUGUUAGAAGUUUUAUCUAUUGUGCGAUCGGGAGAGCGCGUAACCUCCUUCACUAAAGAUAACAAUGCUAACUUUUCUAGUGAAAAAUAGUAAAAUGAAGCUUUCGGGAAAGUUUAUAUUUUGAGAAUACGCGAAAAAACUUUAAGUUAAAUCUCGUACUCGUAGUCAUCCUCGUCCUCGAAUCUAACCUGGUGAAAUUUCCGACAACAAAAUUUCAAACAAGAUCCUAUGUUUUACCCACGUCCCUUCUGACAAACCCAUUUUCUCAAAAGGGCUCAUUUGUAGCCAUCCAAUUCACAGUUACAACACUUGUUACGUACUGUAGCUAACACGGGUCUUGUUAUGCUAUAGAGAGCUUGCGCAGCAACGUUUUUGAGCGACGCACCUCAACCGGAAGUGAGCUUUAAUCUCCUUUAAUAUGCCUUGAUGCCACCAAAUUUGUAUUGGUAAAUGUCUUUACUUAUAAAGUCCACUUCCGGUAGACGUGCGUCGGUCAAAAACAUCGCUGCUUAACCUCCCUAAUAAGCAGUCCAGGCAACAUUUUUUUGUACUUGGUUCAUCUACCCUUUAGUACUCUGCUAAAAUGUUUUAGUAAUAUAAUUCAUUGAACUUGGCAAAGGUGACCUCAAUAUUGUAUACUUGUUAAAAAUAAAGUAAAAAUAUUUCCAAAAGUACCGCCAAGGCUAUAAAGUCAGCCCUGCAUUUUAGCAAUGGGGUAAUUACAGUCAAGUCUCUCAUAAGCGACCACUCUUGGUGCACAGCAAAGUGGUCGCGAUCGCUUACGGGAGGUGGUCUCUUUGAGAGAGUUGACCGUAUGUCGCUUUGUUUUUUCAGUCUUCCUUGCACUAUGGGUACCAUGGAGCAUAUCAAAUCCUUAGUACUUGAUGGAAAUCCCUUAAGAAGCUUGCGGAGAGAUGUUGUCAUGGUAAUGUUUACUUAAGGCAUAAGACCUUUCCUAAAAAAAAAAGAACACUCGGUGAUAUGUCUUUUAGGAGACGUCUUCUGUAACUUCGUUCUUGUCGAUCGAUCCAUCCGAUACGUAUGAAUAAAAGGUGAAAACGAGGUAAUGUUUUGCGUUUUCGGACAAACACGGAUUCGUGUGCGCGAUCGGACUAAAACAAACAACUAUUAAUUUUUUGAAUUGAAGUGAAACCCCCAGUCCAAUGUACUUCUUUUUAGCCAACUCUGUUUCCAGUUAUUGCUGAACAUGAAUCUGUCUUUUUCUCUAGUCAUUAUUUUCUUCGGAAAGUAAUCGAGAGUGCUUUUUGAUGCAAAUUUAUAUCUUUUGCUAGUUAUGCACGUGUACAUGAAACUUGAAAACAAUGCCAGUGAAUAAUGAGGACGCUCACUUGUAAACACAAAAUCUGGGGGGAAAAUUGGUUGUAUUUGAGGCCCUAUUUAAAAGCCUUCCCUAUUUUUAAUGUUCUUGAAACUUACAGGGAAUAUUUCUUGACGAUUGAUCUCGGGGUUAUCGAAUUUAUAAAAAAAUUUAUCGAGCGGUUUUUGGAAAAAUGCGAAAUUUUUAGGCAUGGACCAAAUUACGUCCAAAACUGCAUCAAAAGUAGCUGAAUGCAAGUUAAUAAAAUUCUUCUUACUCGCGACCUCCCAGAGCAAUUCCCCUCUUUUUUUGUAUGCAGUUUUCAAUGGAAUCAAAUCACUAUGAGAUGAAGCCUCGUUCCCAAAGCUUAUCAUUUUCCUAAAAUAUUAGCGAAUUGUGUGGCUAGCAUGCUAUUUCACUGUUUUUAUUCUUCUCAAAACUACAUUUCAAAAUAUUUCGAAAACGCUCUCAUAGAAUUUGUUCAAACUAAGCCAUAAUGGAGGCAAUUAUAGCAGGUACAUACUCCCUUAAGCGAUUUCUUCAAACACCUUUGCAUCACUAGUUGCUAGCUCGAAAACCUUACGGUUAUCUAGCCGCUAGGCAUUUCCUUCUAUGUAAUAAUAUUUAGUUUAAAUUGUAAUUGAAUAUUCUACGUGUUAAGUUACUAAUUAUUCAAUAAGUUUGACAAAGCCUGUAAUGGAAAUGUGAAUAAAGUGUUGUUGUUGUUGCUGGAACAGAGAAACACAAAGAUAAAUAAAAAACGUAAUGGCGUCAUUACGUUGCCAUGGCGGCUCCGAUUGCAAUAAAACCCAGAUCAUAACAAAUUUUCAUCUUUAUAUAAUACAGUUGUGGUAACCUUUUUUCCAUAUCUUUACUCAUGCCGACGUAGUUAAUGCUCAAAGUUGGGAGGUAUCAACCCCAAAAAAUCCAGUCGAGCCACCUUAAAUGCACCUCGAAAAGCUUAGCACGUAUAUCUCUAUUAAAGAAGAAUUAAGCCCUCCCCUGAUCGCCGGCAUAGUUUUAAAACUUGUAACAUUCGAUCGCAUGUAUUUUUGCCACUACGACAUUGUCGCUAAAAACCGGAGUAGAAUGAGGACGGCUAUCACGUUUUCCCGUCAAAAUAGCACUGGUUAACGCUUGUUUACUACUUCGUAUCAGAGAGAUUUAGAGUGAUGUUUAUGGCAAACGGCAAACGUUAGAGUUCACUGAAGUUCAGAACUUUUCAAAAUAGAAAAAGGGCUGCGAAAAACAGUCCAAAACGAUUCCUCUAGACAAAUCCAACCUGAAGCUUCUAAUUUCAGUAAUUUGGAGGUAGACGUAAUGGACGGUAAAGCACGAGUUAAGGGAAAACUUUUUCCCGUGGUACAAACUUAUACGUUUGCUGUUUGCCGUAAAGGUGUUAUCUAAAUCUCCCUAAUAGGAAGAACAUUGGCCCUUGAAGUCGUCCUCGUAUUUAAUAAUAGGCUGAAUUAGCAACAGAAGUGGAACAUCAGUUGACGACUGCACGCGCAAAUCAAACAACUGGCUUGACCAAUGGCAGAGCGGCAAAUUGGGCACCGGAAGUCACGUUUAGUCCUUUCCGCGCGCUUUCCCGUCGUCAACUGACGUUCCCGUUCUGUUGCUAAAUCUGCCUAGAAAUCUAACGGCCUCUAUAUAUUUUUUUCUUUCUUUUUUUUCUUUAUCCUCUAUAGAGGGGGACUCAGGCCAUUUUAAAACACCUCAGGAGCCGAAUACCAGGUUAGUUUCUAGACCUGCUUCACUCACGAACGACAAGAAGCAAGCACAACGAUUUCAACAUAGAAUUUAAGCUUAUCGAAAUUUCAUCAUAGGACAGUAGAGUAAACAAUGUUUUGUUUUGGAGUGCUCCUUAGACAUAGGCUUUCCUUGUAGCAGUGAAUUAUGAAAGCGAGCCUAAAAGUGGAAAAUAAUUUUGCUUAUAAAUUCCAGAAUCAACCGAGUCAGAAGUCAUUACUGCCUUGUGGUGCCCUAGGUUGAAAUUAUGCCGAAAUAAAAUUACACUAUUUAACUGGAAUUAAUUCUAAAAAGGCUUGUUGACUCGAAAAGCCAAGUGUAGCUAUUCAAGAAGACAACAUUUUCUUGAACGAAGUACUAUAGUUUCUAUUGAGUGGAAAUUUUCUAAACCCAAAAAGGGGCACUUGGUGGGAAGAGAAUUGGUGACGUCACACAACCUAAGUCUGUGGAAUUAUGGGUUUGGUUAGCAUUUUCAGAAAGAAAAAGAUGAUUAACGACCCCCCUCCCUUCCAAAAAUCAACAUGUAAGUGGAAAUUGGCGUGGUAAUAUAAGCAACGUUAUGCUCGAAUGACUCCAUAUAAAUCCUUCUAAAAUAGGCCGGGAUCGUAUGAAUGGAAUUAUCUGAGUAAAACGGUGCUUAUAUCUCCACAACAAUUGGCACUAACAGGCUGAAUUUCAGCAAGGGGGUAGCCUGAGAAAACAGAUGGCAUUUAGCGACGCCACCGGUGGUAUCCCCGCGAAAUAGUCUGAAAAAUGUAGUGAGGCGACGUAAGUAUAAAAAUUUCUUCGCUCAUUUCUCACACGUUAUUUCGCGGACAAACCAACGGUGGCGUCGCGAAAUGUCGUCCGUUUUCUCACGGAAGCAAGCGGGAUUUUUCUGAAUAUUAUGUUACCCAAUCCAAUGGGUAACAAGGGUAACAAGGGGAACACAACGGAACUCAGAGCAACAAAAGGUAACAAGGAUAACAAAGGGUAACAAGGCCAACAAGGGUACCCUUGUUACCCUUUGUUACCCUUGUUACCCUUGUCACCCUUUGUUACCCUUGUUACCCUUUGUUACCCUGUCGGAAACUCGAUAAUAGCAUAGGGUUUUAAUGUUUAUUUUGUCACGAGCUGCCAAUCUUUGAAGGCGUUUAUUUUUAUCUGAAUGGCAAAGAUCACGUUAUUUCACGUGUUAUUGUGAAAUAGAGUACGUUUGUUAUCUUUCUGUCAGCAAUAUCGUUUUAGCCAAUCAGCUCAUGUUUAUUCAAGGUGUGCCAUAGAUUAGGGAUCGCUCGAUUGAUGCCAGUGAGAGGUGGAUUAUUUUUGUAGGAGAAAAGAAAAAACUGUGAUUAAAAAACCUGAAAGUGAAGACUGAGGACGUUGUGGGCCUUCUUAACCUAUUCCCCACACAAGUGGCACCUCCGACGGGACAAUCAAGAAUCUAAACUGUGACUAAAAUGGAGGAAAAGCAAAAGGAACUCGAGACAGAAUUGCAACUACUAGCACUUACUCGCUCCAAGACUGCUGCAAUCGUGGACAAGGGCAACCUCGACAAAAUCCUUCGUCACAAGAAAAUUUUGAAGAAAAUCGUGAAUGCCAUCGAAGAUCUCAAGGUAGACGUCGAAAAAGCCAAGCUUGAGGCUGGAGAAAUCGUCGAGAAUGUGCAGAAAUGGGGAGCAACAAUAGAACAACGCACCGACGAAGCAGAUUUGGAGAUAUCUGAUUUAACUCGCAGUCUUGAAGAAGCUGCGACGAGAGCAGAGGACUACAAGCGUGAGAAGGAGAAAACUUUGCUCGAUCGGCAACGAGAGGAAGAACUAGAAUUUGAAAAAGUAAAACUUGAGCAAAAGGCGAAAAUUCAACAAACAGAGCAAGCCGCCGCAAAGCCAGCCAGCAAAAGCAACGUGAAAAUGCCAAAACUAAUCAUCACAAAAUACGACGGCACCUAUGAGAAGUGGCUCUCGUUUUGGAACAAGUUUGAAGCUGAAAUUGACUCAUCUGAUCUGCCGGCGGUCACAAAAUUCGCUCAUCUGAAAGAAUUGCUGGAAAGUAAUGUUUGCGAAUCAAUCGACGGCCUUCCCUUUACUUCUGAAGGCUACCAGCGCGCUAAGAAUAUUCUGACUUCAAAUUACGGCAAGAUAAGCGAGAUUGUAAGGGCAUACAUCGACAACUUGAAUGCCUUGCCAGUGAUAACAGGAUCACAGCCAAGCAAAAUCCAUAAAUUUUGCCAGACUUUGAACUACAAUGUUCAAUCUCUUGAGACGCUGGGUAAACUUUCGUCUUGUCUUUCUAUGGUGCGUGGUGUGCUUGAUAAGCUGCCGGGAAUCAAAGCCGAACCCGUGAGUGGAAAAGUAGGAUGGCAAGACUGGGGAUUCACGGAACUAAUACGAGCUCUAGAAGAAUGGAAGGCAAUUCAUCCACUGGAAUUAGCUGAGAAAGCUAGCGGAAAACCUCAAGCCCCGCCACCGCCUCGUCCGCCUCGCCACAGAAGUUUCUACGCGCAAGAACGCGAACCAGCCCGCGCGCGACACGCGUGUGUUUAUUGUGAUUGCGUGACGCACAGAUCUUGGGAGUGCGAUAAAAUCACGUCGCCUGCCGAACGCCGUCAAAUUUUGCAGAAUAAACGGUUGUGUUUUAACUGCACUGGGCCCAAGCACAGCGCAAACAACUGCUCUAGUAGAGCUUCCUGUGUACACUGCAAGCAAAAGCACCACUCGUCUAUCUGUGACAGACAAGUAAGAGCAAGUCAGCCUAGAAAUAAUGCUGGAGUCGCAUUGACAGCAACACAAGACGGGGAGAAGGUUUGCCAUCCUAUAGUUCUUGUCAAAGUAAAUGGCGUAACCUGUAGAGCGCUACUGGAUACCGGCGCAACCGUUUCUUACGCCUCUGGAUACCUCUUAGAUAGGCUGAAGCUGAGACCAACACGCACGCACACACGCCGUAUUCAAACCAUCGUGGGAGUGGUUACAAAGCGAAGCGAGAUCUUCAACGUCCAAGCGAGCGACACGGAAGAAAAGUAUGCCAUUCCACUGAGCGUGACGAGAAUUGACCGUGCCGAAUUGCUGUCUGUUGAAAACCCAAAUUAUGCGGUAAUGAUAAGCAAGUACCCACAUCUGAAGGGAGUGUACAUGGAGGACACAGACUUGAAGAAGAUGCUUCCUGUCCAUGUUAUUCUUGGAGCGAGUGAUUAUGCGCGAAUAAAGACCCGCGAAUCCCAGCGAACUGGAGCUAUGGGUGAACCAGUGGCCGAAUAUACUCGCUUUGGGUGGACCAUCAUGUCACCAGGGACGGAGACAGACCUAGACAGCAUGUUCCUAGCGCAAACGGCCUCAAACGAUUAUGAAGAGCUGUAUAGAAUGGACGUCCUUGGGCUUGAAGACGCACCUAGUGGUGACCAAAGCGUUGUCUACGCAGAGUUUCGUGAACAGCUUAGACGCAGUCCUGAUGGGUGGUACGAAGCACGCCUUCCUUGGAAAGGAGACCACCCUCCCCUACCUUCGAAUGAAUCUGGGAGCUUGAAACGCCUGGGAAGUCUAGUACAACGUCUAAAGAAAACAGGUCAUCUGGACGAAUACGAUGCGAUAAUCCAGGACCAACUGCGCGAAGGAAUUGUGGAAGAGGCAGACAUGCCAGCCAGUGGGAAAGAAUUUUACAUACCCCACAAAGCUGUGGUGAGAGAGAAUGUAGAGUCGACCAAGAUGCGGGUAGUCUACGAUGCCUCAGCCAAAGCCCAUAGCUCCGCGCCCUCACUAAAUGACUGCUUGGAGGUUGGACCGCCGCUCCAAAAUAAACUUUGGAAGGUUCUAGUGCGGGGAAGAUUCCAUCCUGUGGCUCUCGCUGGUGAUAUCCGCAAAGCCUUUCUCCAAGUGAGAAUUCAUGUACAAGACCGAGAUGCUCUUCGGUUCCAUUGGACAGUGUCUGAGUGGUUCUCUAGAAAUCUCCUGACACUAAAUAUAUCCAAAUGUAAUUUUGUUAUCUUUGGAAGUCCUCAGAAACUGAAUCGUAUUCAAGGCAUUUCGGUUAAAGUAGAGGGCACUAGCAUUGAAAGAACACAAUCAUUCAAAUACCUAGGCGUAACGCUUCAACAGUCUAUGUCCUGGGCAGAUCACGUCGAUGCUAUCAGCAUGAAGAUUAAUCAGAGAAUAGGCCUAAUUAGGAGAAUCAGGAAUCUAUUGCCGCUACAAGCUAGAGUUGCCUUGUACAAUGCCCUAAUCCUCCCUCUUUUUGAUUACGGAGACGUUAUAUGGGGGGACAAAAACAAUGACACCAUCAUGUCAGAAUUACAGAUUCUACAGAAUAAAGCUGCUAAAGUUAUGCUGGGGCAACCACCCCGAAGCUCGUCAACUGAAGCACUGAAGAGUCUAGAUUUGAAGUCACUGUCCACAAGAAGGUUUUUUCAUCGCUGCAUUGCAAUCCACAAGUGUCUUAUUGGAGAAACCGAUUUCAGCUUUAAUUUUACUAAAAGUCAAGCUGUUCAUUCAUAUAAUACAAGACGCUCUAAUGAUAUUCGCUUACCCCUACCCAGAACAAACUGGGGUAAACAAACUUUUAUUUGUCACGCCGCGAAAGACUGGAACAGCCUUCCAAAUGAUUUAAAAGAGUGUAAUAUUUUAUCUAUUUUUAAAUCCAAGUUAAAAACUUUUUUAAAAGAUCUCAGCUAAUUUUAAACCUUGAUGUUUUUUUUGUAUAAUCGAUUUUAAGAUUUUAAAUUUUUAAAUUUGUUUUACUUGUAAACAUAUUUUACUUUUUUCGUAAUUAUUAAUUAAUUAGUUAGAUUAAUGCAUGAGGGCCCCACUGAAAACCGCCUUGGCGAGUUGGGCUCCCUCUAUAAAUAUAUUAUUAUUAUUAUUGGUUAGAAGCUAAAGAUCCACAGCGAAUUCGGACUUACAGAUUCACUAGAGCACUCUUUGGCUUGGGACCCUCGCCUUUCCUGCUAGGAGGUGUGAUCCAACAGCAUCUGAACACUUGCCGAGAUGAACAUCCCAAGUGCGUGGAAGAGAUUGAGCGUGAGCUAUAUGUGGAUGACAUAUUAUCUGGUGGAUCUACUACCGAAGAAGUGAAACAGAAGAAAGCCACAACAACUGAGAUAUUUGCCCAAGCUACUUUCCAUUUGCACAAGUGGCACUCGAACGUGAAAGAGCUGGAACUGGAUGACGUACCCGAAGACAAUGCGAAAGAACUGGAGCCGGUUACAGUGAAUGAGCACGAAGACGACUUAAGCUACGCGAAGCAACAGCUGGGCGUUCAAUCUAGACAAUGUGGACUCCUGGGAUUGAAGUGGAACAAGUUAUCUGACGAAAUUGGGGUCCCUUUUCCCGCGAACGUUGCUCAACCGACGAAAAGAGGGAUCCUGGGAAAAGUGGCUAAGAUCUAUGACCCCUUAGGAUUAGCCGCACCUACCACUCUACAAGGAAAGCUGCUAUAUCGUGAGGCUUGUGAAGAGAAAUGCGCAUGGGACGCGCCGCUAUCUGCAGAGCUAGUUCAGCAGUGGAAGAAGUGGGAGAGUUGUUUACCUCAGCAAAUUAACUGCCCAAGAGCACUGACGAGUGCUCAACAGCCUAUCGAGAACAUCGAGCUUCAUGCCUUUGGAGACGCUAGCGGAAAGGGCGUCGCGGCUGCCGUGUACGCCGUCGUCAAACAGCCGACUUCAGUAAACCAGGGCCUCGUCACAGCAAAGGCAAGACUGGCGAAGCAAGGGUUGACAAUACCUCGCCGCGAACUAGUCUCGGGUCACAUGGCCGUGAAUCUUCUAAGCAACGUACAAGAUGCGCUACAAGGUUUUCCUGUAUCCUCCCUACACUGUUGGCUCGAUAGCAGCGUCGCACUACACUGGAUACGCGGAAAUGGAGACUUCAAGCAAUUCGUGGCAAAUCGUGUCCGAAAGAUUAGAGAGCAUGGUGACAUUACGUGGAGACACGUACCAACUAAGGAUAAUCCUGCCGACCUUGCUAGCCGCGGUGGACCGGUCACAGAAGAGAAACAACUGUGGUGGAAGGGACCAGCAUGGCUCAGUGAUCCUAGAGCAUGGCCCCCAGACCUUGUUACCGUACCUACCGCAGAAUCCAACGCAGAAGCCAAAGUGAUAAAAGAAGUCUUAGCCACAGCCCUAUCAUCAGAAGACGAGUUCAGUGUGCUGAUGGAGCAACACAGUCUGUUAAAGGCCUUGCGCGUGUGCGCAUGGGUGUCCAGGUUCCUAACUAAUUCCAGAAACCCGAAGCCAAGAAGAGUGAAAGGACCGCUGACCACCGAUGAAAUGAAGUACCAGGAAACCUGGUGGACCAGACGAGCUCAAGAGGAAGGCAGAAGUUCGAAGAAUUUCGAGGCAGACAAGUUACAGCUUAACUUGCAACCAGACAACAACGGAAUACUGGAGUGUAGAGGACGAAUCGUCGGUGCAUACCCUAUCUACCUUCCUGAUGGUAAUGCAUUCACACACAAGCUUGUUCAACGAGCGCAUCUAGCGACCCUUCACGGGGGAGUUACACUCACAAUGACCAAAGUUCGGGAGACUCACUGGAUCCCUCGCCUGAGAAAACUUACCAAGGUCAUUAAAAGCUGUUGGGGUUGCAAGAGAUUUCGAGCUCAAGCCUACCAGUCCCCACCGCCAGGCAAUCUACCAACGACCAGAACCCAAGGAGUGACACCCUACGAAACCAUCGGUGUUGACUUUGCUGGGCCCAUAAAGUAUCAGGUGACAAAGAAGAUGGAAGGUAAGGCCUACCUAGCCUUGUACGCCUGCGGUCUUACCAGAGGGGUGUACCUCGAUCUACUUCCGAGCUUAGAAACAAGCAAGUUCCUCGCAAGUCUGAAAGGGUUUAUAGCCAGGCGUGGACGCCCUCGCGUAAUCUACUCAGAUAACGGAAGCACGUUUAAAGCAGCAGCGGAUUGGGUGAGGAAAGCCAUGAAAGAUGAGAAGUUUCACACCUGCCUUUCAAAGCUGGAUAUAGUCUGGAGAUUCAACCUUAGCCGAGCUCCCUGGUGGGGUGGCCAGUUUGAGAGGCUGAUAGGCGUGUUCAAGUCUGCCUUCCGAAAAGCAGUAGGGAACGGAACCUUAUCCUGGGGCGAAUUAUCGGACGUUGUGCUUGACGUUGAAAUUGCCAUGAACGGACGUCCCCUGAGUUAUUUGGAAGAGGACGUCGAAUUGCCAGUACUCACUCCAAGCUCCAUGUUGCACCUUCGGCCGAGCCAACUCCCAGAGCUAAAUGCCUACCACAUCGAGGAACCAGAUCUAAGGAAAAGAGCCAAGUAUCUCUAUCGGUGCAAAGAAGCGAUGUGGUCCAGGUGGACAAAAGAAUACGUGAGAAGCCUACGUGAGCGGCACAGCAGGAGCGGAGGGAAACAGACCUCCCACCCCUCAGUGGGGGAAGUGGUGAUAAUUCAGGACGAGUCUCGGAACCGUAACUCAUGGAAGCUAGGGAUCGUGGAAAGGCUGAUCGUGGGACGUGACGGAAUCGUACGUGGAGCUAAGUUACGAGCUGGGAAAGGAGUCUUGGAACGAGCAGUGCAACAGCUGUACCCUCUCGAGCUGUCCUGCGACAGAACAGAUGCAAGGUUGAAUCCUGAGGCCGAACCCUAUCGGCCAAGGCGGGAUGCGGCAGUCGCAGCAAGACACCGUAUUGCGGAUGCUGCUCAGGAAGCAGAGCCGUGAGAACUGUGAAACCAGAACUUCCUCAGGACGAGCAAUCAAAAAAAAAAAAAACUUUCAGAACAUUAAGGAUGUGUCCAUUAACCUUUUUGUUAUGAUUUCAAGUGAUUAAGCCUAGUAACACUCAAAGAACGCUGAACUGUGAGUCAACGUGAACACUGUGGACAACGGAAUCAUUGAACUAUGUGAUUUGUUCUUUAAGACUUUUCUUCGUUUUCAAAUUGUUUAGCGUACUUAGGUUGAAGCAGUUUCCUUUGCUUACAUGUACUUCCUUGUCGAAAGCACAUGGGGGAGUGUGUCGGAAACUCGAUAAUAGCAUAGGGUUUUAAUGUUUAUUUUGUCACGAGCUGCCAAUCUUUGAAGGCGUUUAUUUUUAUCUGAAUGGCAAAGAUCACGUUAUUUCACGUGUUAUUGUGAAAUAGAGUACGUUUGUUAUCUUUCUGUCAGCAAUAUCGUUUUAGCCAAUCAGCUCAUGUUUAUUCAAGGUGUGCCAUAGAUUAGGGAUCGCUCGAUUGAUGCCAGUGAGAGGUGGAUUAUUUUUGUAGGAGAAAAGAAAAAACUGUGAUUAAAAAAACCUGAAAGUGAAGACUGAGGACGUUGUGGGCCUUCUUAACCUAUUCCCCACAACCCUUGUUACCCUUUGUCACCCUUGUUACCCCUUGUUACCCUUGUUACCCUUGUUACUCUUGUUACCCUUUAUUACCCUUGUUAUCCCUUGUUACCCUUGUUACCCUUUGUUACCCUUGUUACCCCUUGUUACCCUUGUUACCCUUUGUUACCCUUGUUACCCCCCUUGUUACACUUGUUACCCUUUGUUACCCUUGUUACCCUUUGUUACCCUUGUUACCCCUUGUUACCCUUGUUACCCUUUGUUACCCUUGUUACCCCUUGUUACCCUUGUUACCCUUGUUACCCUUUUUUACCCUUUGUUACCCUUGUUACCCCUUGUUACCCUUGUUACCCUUUGUUACCCUUGUUACCCUUUGUUACCCUUGUUACCCUUUGUUACCCUUGUUACCCUCGUUAGCCUUGUUACCCUUUGUUACCCUUGUUACCCUUGUUACCCUUUUUACCCCUUGUUACCCCUUGUUACCCUUGUUACCACUUGUUACCCUUGUUACCCCUUGUUACCCUUGUUACCCCUUGUUACCCUUGUUACCCUUUGUUGCCCUUGUUACCCCUUGUUACCCUUGUUACCCUUUGUUACCCUUGUUACCCCUUGUUACCCUUGUUACCCUUUGUUACCCUUGUUACCCUUGUUACCCUUUGUUACCCUUUGUUACCACGUGUUCACCAUAGGUCUACUUUGAUUUCCUUUGUUACCCUUGUUACCCUUGUUACCUUUUGUUACCCUUGUUACCCUGGUUACCGUUUGUUUCCCUUGUUACCCUUUGUUAUUUUUGUUACCCCUUGUUACCCUUGUUACCGUUUGUUACCGUUCGUUACCCUUGUUACCCUUGUUACCGUUUGUUACCCUUGUUACCGUUUGUUACCCUUGUUACCCUUGUUACCCUUUUUCCUUUUGUUACGUUUGUGACCCUUUGUUAGCUUUGUUACCCUUUUUACCUUUUGUUACCCUUGUUACCCUUUGUUACCCUUCUAACCCUUUGUUACCCUUGUCACCCCUCUAAACCUUUGUUACGGUUAUUAUCCUUUGUUACCCUUGUUAUUCUUUGUUACCCUUUGUUACGCUUUUUUACCGUUGUUACCGUUGGUUACCAUUGCUACCCUUGUUACCGUUUUUGCCCUUUUUACUUUUUUUUUACCUUUGUUAGCGUUGUUACCCUUGGGGUAACAAGGAUAACUAGGGUAACACAGGGUAACAAGGGUAACAGAUGUAACAAGAGUAUGAAAGGGUUUCAAUGGUAACAAGGGUAACAAUGUUAACAAACAGUAACAAGGGUAACAAAGUGUAAGAAGGGUAACAAAGGGUAACAAAGGUUUUAAAGUGUAACAAGGGGUAGGAAGGGUAACAAGGGUAAGAAGGGUAUGAAAGUGUAACAAUGGUAACAAAGGGUAAGAAGGGUAAGAAGGUUAAUAAGGGGUAGCAAUAAUAUGAAGGGUAACAAGGGUAUCAAAUUGUAACAAUGGUAACAAUGGGUAACCUCGUUAACAAGGGUAUCAAAGGGUAACAACGGGAAGAAAGGGUAACAAGGGUAACAAAGGGUAACAAGAGUAACAAGGGUAGCAAAGGGUAACAAGGGUAACAAGGGUAACAAGGGUAACAAAGGUUCACAAGGGUAACAAGAUUAACAAGGGUAAGAGAGGGUAACAGAGGUUAACAAGGGUAACAAGGGGUAACAAGGGUAACAAAAGGUAUCAAGAGUAACAAGGGGUAACAUGGGUAACAAAGGGUAACAAAGGGUAACAAGGGUAACAAAGGUUAGCAAUGGUAAGAAGGGUAACUUGGUUCAAGUUUUUGUGACGUCAACGCUUCUCUUCGUUAUUUUUAUAGAGGAAGAAAAGCCGGAUGCGACGGAUGCCCCAGUCACUUCAUUACCUGUCAGUUCACCUUUACCAACUGCUUCCAGUGGAUUGGACGUUCACACUAUCACAAGCACAAAGACCAUUAACUACAGGUUGGUAAAUUUUUUAGCCUGGUCUCCAUUGCAGCCAUCCUUUGUCAUGGCGACGACCACCGUCGCAAAUCGCCGUGAUGGAUAGAGGAUAUUAUACGGCGGCGCCAAGAUAUUAAUCUUAUUUUCGAGCGGUUUCGCUCGUUUGUAAAAUAUUGCUUUUCACCGCAAGGAAAUAAAAUUUAUUUCUUCAAGCCACCGGGUGAUUUUCUUUAAAAAAAAGUUACAGAGACAAAAAGACUGGACAAACUUUAUCGCGAACUGCUGUAGUUCGGCGGCAGGAAUUUCUUGAAGUUCUCUCCUUUUGUCCCCACUUGUAAGUAACUUCUUGAAUAAUUUUUGAGUCAUUUAAAGUUGUCUUCUUCGUAUUAACAUUUUCGUGCUCCUCAGAGAAAGUUUUUAUGUCAGCUUCAGAUAACUGCACGAAUCUAUCACUCGCCAUUUUUAUCUUGGCAUUUGGCAAACUGUGCACAAACAGCAGUUUGAGCGGGAAAUGACGUCAUUGAUAUGAUCACUAAUGAGGAUAUGGGAAAUACGCUACUCAAGUCCCGGAUGUAGUUUCGUAUGAACUUUACGAGUGGUCUAUUUUCCACUGAAAUACUCUUGUCUAUGUAAUAAACGGCGACAUUUCAUUAGUUCUUUUCACCUUUAAUAGCAGCCAAAGACAAUAUUUCCCAAUAAUCAUGAUGUUUUCAAAAUCCUGAUAAAAAAAGAGUGGUAAGCAAAAGUUCUGCAAAAUACGUUUCGUUUGAAUAGUAACACCAGACCAUGGGAUUUCGUUCCGGAUUCCAAGUUAGAAAAUUAUAUACAUUUAUUAACACACGAAACACGCAGGAGCUCUUGACUUGUUAUGAGUUCAGCUUACAUUGAGGACUGUUUUUCAUAUUGUUUCUGUAUUGUACGCUCUGCUGACAGGGUGCAAAGAAAUUCAGUUUUGUAGCCUGCCAUUCGGGCAAGCUGUAGGUAGCAUGUACUAGCCCACAAGUCAUUUCAGCUAGCCCCAAAACCCUUUAUGAUUAGCAGGAUUGAUUACAAUCCUUCUCUAAUUUGAUUUUCCCCCAAAAACAGCACUUGCACGUCGGGCAAGUUAAGAACAAAAAUCACUAGCCCGAUAGGAAAAUCCACUAGCCCCGGGCUAUCGGACACGACUUUCUUUGCACGCUGGCUGAACUUUCAUCGUUCGUAUCCGUGAUGCUUCUGUAUAUUUUGCUGUAGUAACAAAAAGGCCACCUGCAUACCAGAUGAUGUUUGGGAUGCAGCCAUCUCAGGAGAUGUGUCCACUGUCAACCUCAGCAAAAACGCUCUGAGUGAAGUUCCAUCCAGGUAGGGUAUCUUUGUUUAUACAAAAAGGUUGCAGUGUUUCCAUUACUGGAAAUAAAAUAACAAAUUGGCACAGGCUUCUUGUACGUUUGGAUCAGUGUUACUGUCAAUUGUAAUGUAUGGACAGCACUCACACAUGAUAAGAAAAAAAUACUUAAAGUGGCGUGACCGAGUGGUUAGCGCGCCUUACUUGAAAUCCAGCUUUAGUCCCCUUUCAAACCACUCGCUCUAUUCGUGCCUCGCUGCUACCGAGUUAUUUUUAUUAUAGUUAUAUUUGAAUUAUUUGUUUCUUAUUAUUUGACGGGAGUGCUUAUAAACUAACUCGAAAGCCAUAGUGCCCUUCUACUGUAAACUAAACUUUGCGUUAAUACAUUUUUGCCUAAAAAAGUUACAUAUUUACGGGCCUUUUUCUGCCUCUUCUCACCAGGUUGCUUUCUCUGGGAAAAUCUCUCACAGAUCUCAACAUGUCUUUAAACAAGAUCAGUAGUUUGCCUUCAGAGUUUGGCUGUUUAUCAAAACUCUCCUCUUUAAAUCUGAGGUAAUUUCAUAAUUUAAAAUUGCCGAUAAUCACAGUCGAACCUUGCGGGAGGAAGUCGCACAUGGAGGUUCGACUGUUAUAUUUUAUUAUCUUUAACUCUUGUUGCGAUGCCCUGAUUAAAAAUGAUUAAAUUUAACUGAAUUCUCAAUUCUGUUUAGCUUAUUGAAACAUCACUCUUUGUCUACAACAGCUGUUCUCUUUGGGAAUACCCUAAGGGGCCUGAAAAGCCGAUUAGCGUUAAUCCAGGGGUAAAUUUUGUAUUUUACUCUCCUAUGUGUUGCGUAGAGUAACAUUUUGUGUUAUCAUUACUGUAUCUCGGAGUAAAAGGCACAACAGUACUUUGCAAACUCGAGUUGCAUGUUCUUAGACAAGAAAACGUUGCUUAAAAUUUGGCUUAAUCGUGGGUUAAAGUUGACCAUCCUUCGAGGAACCGGGCCCAGACCCCGCUGGUUCAAAAGAUGGAUAGUGCUAUCCAUCCGAUAAAUCGCUAUCCAUCGGAUAAGUAUUAGGGAAACCAAUUACGCUAUUCAGUGUAUAGUGAUUUAUCGAGUGGAAUGCGCUAUCCACCUUUUCGAGCAACUGGCACCAGCAAGUUAUUACUGAGCAAAAGACUGUGAAAGGUUUGAACCCAGCAGUCAUUUCAUAAAUAGAUGGAGCAUGAUCCUCCGGGUGAACGUAGUCCUGAAUAGGACUUUUGUUGACAGUGACUGUGCGGUAGUCAUCUUUAGAGUCAAAGUGAGUUGUAUCACGUUAGUUGAUGGCAUUAAACGAAACGCACCAAUGACAUCCAAAACCAUCACGGCUUAACUGACAGACGACCUAUAACAUGAUUUACUAAUAAGGUCAAUAACAAGCGUUUUUAAAAUACCAUCAAUUGACGUAAUACAACUCACUUUGUCUCUGAAGAUGACUACAGCACAGGUUGUCGAAACGUCAGUCACUGUCAACAACAACAGUCCUAUUCAAGAUUAUACUCACCCGGAUUAUCAUAUUCCACCUACUUAUGACAAAAGACUGUCCUUCAUUCAUUUUAAUCAAAAUUACCCCUUUAAUUUCUAUUAUUAUUAGCAUCAACCAGCUGAGUGAUUUACCUGACAGCUUUUCUAGGCUGACAACUCUGAGAGAAAUAAAUAUCUCCAACAACAGGUGAGUUUUCUUUAAAAUUUCUAAAGGAGUUUCUCAACGUACGAUAUAGUUCAGCUCGACAUCGUCAUCAUCCCUUUGCCCUUUCAUUUUCCAAGGAAAAGCCCUGAGGACGAGGCUGCGUUCAGUUCUACUCGUUGGUAUUAGAGAGCUUGAGGUUGUGUUCUAUUGGGACCAACCCCUUCAACCAAAACCGGUUUUGGUUGAUUUGAUUGAAGCUCCCAAUGGAACUCAACUUUAGAUUCGAGGACGAGGACGACUACGAGUACGAGAUUUUCUCAAUUACAAGUCGUGCACGCGCGUGAGCCAGCGUCAUUUUGGCGGGAAAACGUGGUAGCCGUCGUCAUUCUGCAACGUGAUAUAGCAAGAAUAGGUCGUGGUGGCGGGAACAAGUUAUCAAAUGUGAGAAGUUUUUAACAUUUUGCGAUCGGGAGAGGGCUUAACUUCCUUCAGUGUGGAAAUAACCGUACUAACUUUUGGUAAAAAAAAAGGUAAAAUGAAGCUUUCCGGGGUUUCUUUCUUUUUUUUUUUGAGAACACGCGCAAAAACCUUAAGUUAAAUGUCGUACCAUUCCUCGUCCUCAAAUCUAAAGCUCUUAUUCCUUCUAAUCCACAGUUAUACCUCCAUUAAGCGGCCACCCUCGAGGUACUGGCAAGUGGCCGCUUAAUGGAGGUUGGCCACUCAAUAGAGGUCUAUCAUAAAAUAGCGUUAUCUUUAGCGCAAAAACCACUUCAUUUUGGAACAAACGCGCGACGUGAGAAGUAUUACUGGUCCACAAUCGGUCGUCAACUUCUAUCUCGGACUGUAUUUUCUUUCUUCAGCUCUGCAAUUAUUCUCCAAAUAGCAGAUGUCUUCCUUCGAGUUGUCUUCUUGUUGCUCUUGUCAUGUUUUAGCUAUUAUUUCCCCUAGUUCUUACUCCUAAAAAGGAAGAAAUGUCCGCCAUUUUUAUUUCACAAACAAAACAACUGAACCUCGUCCCCAGGUCUUCUUUGUUAACGGUGCAUUAACCUGCAAGGAGGCUGCACUUUUGACGUCAUCGGUUGAUUAAUCCCAAAAUUCUUCCAAUUUUGGUCAUCAGUAGCUGGUUAAGGUGAAUUAUGCGUGUGCUUCUAGCCAAUCAGCAUCGGGGAAAUAUUUUGAAUGAAUAAUAACCUAUUAUACAGUUAUUUUGGGACUUUGAUUACUGGCCGCUAAAAAGAGAGGUCGCUUAAUGGAGAUUCCACUGUACUUCUUUCUCUUGUUCGCGGUAUUUUAGGUUUAAAAACGUACCGUCAGUUUUAUACUCGUUGAAAUCUUUGGAGAUCAUCUUAGCGAGUGGAAAUCAGGUGAGAACAUAUUUUCCACUUCUUAUGCAGGUUAACACAUACAGUAUUUUUAAAAUUUAUUUUGUACAGUCUUAACCAAGGAGCCCAUACUGCUUUUGAUUUAUUCACAAUCUUUCGUACAGAUUUAAUCCAGUCAGAAGCCAGCUGGAAACCGUCCUCGACUUCUGAUUGGUUAAUGUCUGUAUGAAAGAAUGUGAGUUAAUUAAAGAAGGUCAUGCUUUUGGGCUCCUAAGCUCUCCUUUAGUUUCGUAUACUUUAUAUUUGGUACCCCUUUCACAUUCCAAGUUUACAACGCUGCGUCGUCUUUAAUUGCUGUAAAUACACUGCCUUUUAAAUUAUAUUAUGGAUAAAUUAUUAAACCAGGAAGUUUUGACUUUUUCGCAGCCAUAAAAUGCCACUUUAGGUCUUUUUGCAGACCGGACUGAUAGUUUUUCCUACCCUUUUAUAUAUCUUAAGCCUAAAAAAGGUGCCUUUUUUGGGCGUAGCCUCCCCGUAUAGGCCGUAAUAGUUAAUACUCCCCGGGACAAUACAAUGCUUCAACCGUUACUUACCCCCCUUCAAGCUGUAGAAAUGUAAUUUGCUUCUUUUACUACUGUAGGUGCAAGCGAUUGAAGUUGAAAGGUUGCUUCCGAUGUCAUCGCUUUCCACCCUUGAUUUACAAAACAAUGACAUCGCUCAAGUUCCUCCUCAACUAGGAAAUGUUACGCAGCUAAGGUGAGACGGUGGAGGAAAGCUUUUCCGGCUUGUUCGAACAUUAUGGUCUCUUUUUUCCAUUUUUCUUUCUCCUGACAUCGCAGUUUCUGGAAUCAGAAACUCUCAUUUAAUUUUUAAUUAAAUGAAACUCCGUUCUGUUGUCCAAACCUCGACGAAAAAAGUUCACAGAUUGUUUAUUACGCUUUGAAAGAAAACGUGCAUCGCGUUAUUAUAUGUGUUAGGUUGAUUCCACGAACGUAAUCUUAUGUUCCAUGUAAACAUAGAGGAAUAUGGGGGAGGGUCGGGGGGGUGCUAAAACCGCCAUCGUGCAAGGCAAAAAAAGCAAAUAUCGCACUGUGUUGUCGAGAAAGAACCCAAACGCGAUAAUACUGUGUCCAGCUCGUUUAGGACCCCAAUAUCGCAAUUUAAUAUUAAAAUUACAGAAAGAUUGCUUUAAAAUUUCAGGGUCGGUUACUGAUAUAAACGAAGUUUAACUUAGGCUGCGGUUUAAGAAAUCUUUGGACUUUGAGAUCUCUUUCUUAGUAGGUUAAUUUAAUAAAAAUAAUGCUUUUCCAGUCUACGCUAUUUUGCUUUAUUGAAAUUUUUCUCGAUAAAUGGUGUUUAGAUUAAGGCGUUGGGCAAAAAUAAAUAUGCCUUAGAACGCGGUUUUGUUUAACACAGGCUAAACUCUGUUUAAAUAACGGGCCUUCAGUGUCCAAGGGAGAAUUUGCUCACCCCGUCCUUACACUUGCUCUAUGAUUACCUUCCACCCAAAGAAGAAAAGUUGCCAAUCGACUGCUUUUAUCCUUGUUAGGUCGUUGCAGUUGGAAGGUAACCCAUUCAGAAAUCCAAGAGCAGCAAUACUUGCGAAAGGAACUCAAGCACUUUUGGCUUAUCUCAGAGAUCGUAUACCCACGUGA